AUGUCGAGCUCCAUGGUCACGCUCUCAAGGAGCCUCUAUCGCUCUCUGCUUCGAACCCCUAACGCCUAUCACCACCUUCCACUACACUUCUCCACGGAUCACAUUUCUGACUUGGACGAGGCUGACUCACUACCCGACUCACCAGCACCUGCACCCGACGCUGCACAAGGAGAGGAAAGGAUAAUCGGCGAUCGCCCCCUAGAGAACGGCCUUGACUCUGGCAUAUACAGGGCCAUACUUAUAGGGAAGGCGGGGCAGGUACCGUUCCAGAAGAAGCUCAAGAGUGGCACCGUCGUCACGCUUCUCUCCAUCGGCACCGGAGGGAUUCGCAACAAUCGGAGGCCGCUGGAGAACGAGAACCCUAGGGACUUCGCCAAUCGUUCCGCUAUUCAGUGGCAUCGUGUCUCCGUUUACCCUCAGAGAUUGGGAACUCUUCUCACCAAACACGUUGUUUCCGGUUCAAUCCUGUAUGUGGAGGGGAACCUCGAGGCCAAAAUCUUCACUGAUCCGAUCACUGGACUUGCCCGGCGAAUUCGAGAAGUUGCUGUUCGUCGGAACGGUCGUGUUGUACUUUUAGGCGAAGGCGGCGAUGCUGAACAACAUACAGAGAAAAAUGAUCUGAAAGUUGUUGGCUAUUACUAA